AUGCACUUGAAUAUUCAAGGCUCUAAAAAACCCAAUUAGAUUAGUAGUCCAACCUCAAUUAAGAAGCCAAUGAUAUCUUAACUUCUAAUAAAUUUUAGGCCGCCUAUUACUGUUCCUAAUAGUUCAUAGGUUUCACCUCAGAAUUCUGAAUAAAAUCUAUAAAAAGCAUUACAUUCCCAUAAAGGAUCCUAGGUUGAUGUUGCAAAUUUAACAAAACUAAUUAGACAAAGCAAAUCACCAAAUAUAGAAAUAAAUGAUGUUUAAAGCAAUUAAAAUUAAAGCUCAUAAUAAUUAUAAGCAUUAUUUGCAAAAGCAAGAGAAAUUACUUAAAAUAAAUCAAAACCACCUAUAAUUAAACAAUAAGUUCAAUCAAUUUAAACAUAAUCAAUUAAUCAAUUAAAAGAACUAUUCAAUAAUAAUUUGUAUUGCAGAAAUACAUUUCAUUUUCAUUUUGUAGUUGGGAUAGGUGGAUUUGGUAAAGUAUGGAAAGUGGAGCAUAAAAAAACAGGACAAAUAUAUGCAAUGAAAGAAAUGUCAAAAGCAUUGUAAGAAUAUAAAUUUUAGACUAGAAUUAUAACUAAAAAAAGUGUUAAUUCAGUUAUGAAUGAGAGAAUACUUUUAAGUGAAUUAAAGCAUCCUUUUUUAGUUAAUAUGAAUUAUGCUUAUUAAGAUAGAGAAACAUUGUAUUUAAUUAUGGAUUAUAUGUCUGGAGGUGAUUUAAGAUAUCACAUUGGUAGAAUGAGAAGAUUUAAUGAAGAGUAGACUAGUAAGUUUAAAAAAACUAUUAUUUUGAGGAUUUUUUGUGGCUUGCAUAUUCUUGAGUUUGGAAUAUGUGCAUGAAAAUAAAAUUAUUCACAGAGACAUCAAACCAGAAAAUUUAGUAUUAGAUAAUAAAGGAUAUGUACAUUUAACUGAUUUUGGGAUUGCCAGAGUUAUGAAACCAGAAAAUUCAAGUGAUACAAGUGGAACACCAGGAUAUAUGGGUAUAUAAUUUUAUAAUCUUUUAGCUCCAGAAGUUAUGUAUAGAUAAAAUCAUACAUAUGCUGUGGAUUAUUAUGCUUUGGGAGUAAUUGCUUAUGAAUUUAUGUUAGGAAGAGUAUUUAUUAAUUUUAAAUCUUAGAGACCAUAUGUUGGAAGAUCAAGAUAAGAAAUUAGAGAUUAAAUUAUGGCUAAAUAAGUUUAAAUUAAAAAAUCAGAAAUACCAGAUAAUUGGUCAUUAGAAGGGGCAGACUUUAUUAAUCGAGUAUUUCUGAUAUCAAUUAAAUUAGCUUCUCUAAAGAAAACCUUAAUCAAGAUUAGGUUUUAAUGGUAGUUAAGAAAUCAAAUAACAUCCUUGGUUCUAGAAUUUUCCAUGGUAGAAACUAUAAAAUUUUGAAUUAAAUCCUCCUUUCCAACCAAAUGUAUUGAUUUGUUAAUAAAUUAGAGAACUGAAGAUAAUUUUGAUUAAAAAUAAAUUUUAAUAGAAGAUGAGGAAAAUAAUGAAUUAAUCUAAUAGAACCUUUUGGUUUUAAAAGAUCCUUCAUCUUUAGGUAUUAAGAAUUAAAUCAUUAAGAGUUAUUUUAGGGUUAUGAAUUUAAUGCCAAUCAGAGUAUAAAUAAAAAUUCAUCUACAACUGAUCAAUCAUCGAGUUCAUCAUCUAAGCAUAGUAGAAAUUUCAGUUCAAACAUUGAAAAAUAACAAUUUUUUGAAUAAGCUCAUAAAUGA